ACCUGGAUGUAAUAAAAGGAAAGAGCCUCUGCGUGAUAAAAUGCUCCUGUACUGGAGUCUUGAAAGAGGUCACAGCGAGACAAAGAGAUCUCCCAUAUUUCUCACACCACAUUCUCAAGACCAGAAAGAAUCCGUUAGAAAAGUCUCACAAGCGUCUCCUGACGUCUCAACAGUCUCUCUCGCUUCUCCAGCAUCUCUUUCAGAGGCCUUCAACAUCGACACCGAACAUCCACUGAGAUUUAACGGCACGCCAGAAGAUUUCUUUGGUUACAGCGUUUAUCAGACUGAGUUUGGAAACCAGAAACAGAUCAUUGUUGGAGCUCCAUUAGAAGGAAACUCAACAGGGGAGAUGUACAGCUGCUCUGCAGAUCUGCAGUCCUGCAAACGGCUGCAGCGGCCAGGUUCAGAGAGCGUCCGCUUCUUCGGCAUGUCUGCUGCUGUGUCGUCUGCUGCUCUCACUAGCUGCAGUCUGUAUUUUCCUCAUGAGUGUGAUGGAAACUCGUAUCUGAACGCUGUUUGCUACCAGUUCAGCAGCAGCUUACAGGCCGUCUCCAACUUCACCAUUGCUUACCAAGAAUGCACCAAGAGAGAAGUCAAUCUGGUGUUUCUCUUUGAUGGAUCCGCCAGUAUGAAAACACGCGAGUUUGACAUGAACAAAAACUUCAUUAAAGAUGUUAUGAAAAAACUUUCAAACUCAUCCAUAAAGUUUGCUGCUGUCCAGUUUUCAUCAGAAAUACGAACUGUAUUUGACUUCAACGAUUAUCAGAACGGCUCCGCUGAAGAGAAACUCAUGAAAGAGAAACACAUGAAAACUCUUACAAACACAUAUCGAGCAAUCAACUACGUUCUAAAUAAUCUGCUGAAUAGUGUGUCGUCUGGAGCCGAUCCCAACGCUCAGAAAGCUCUGGUGAUCAUCACAGAUGGAGACCCCUCUGAAUCUGAUGCUGAUAAUGUCCUCAACAGAUGUGAUGAGCAGAAUAUCCUCCGCUAUGUCAUCGGGGUGGGAAAGGUUAGUUUAACCACACUCAGUCAGCUGGCAUCAGAACCAAAACACAACAACACCUUCUACAUCCAAGACUACAGUGGACUCAAAGGACGUGUUGACAACCUGCAAGAAAAGAUCUACAAUAUUAAAGGGUCAAAGGAAGCUCACGGCAGAGACCGACAGAGAGAGUUAUCACAGAGUGGAUUCAGUGUCGUCUACCAGGAGGACUCUGUGAUCGUGGGUUCGGUCGGAUCAAAUGACUGGCGUGGAGCUCUGUAUGAAGUGACAGGAUCAGGAUCUGAAUUCAGACAGACGGAGAUCAUCGGUCCAGCUGUAAAUAAAGACUCGUACAUGGGUUACUCUACUGUGCUGGGAAUGAGACGCGGCGUCUCUCUUCUGUUCUCUGGGGCGCCGCGCGCCGAACACAGGGGUCUGGUGACCCUCUUCACCAAGAACCAAAACACAUGGACAGUGACAAGAAACAUCAGUGGAGAACAAAUUGGCUCAUAUUUCGGAGCGUCUCUGAGUCUGUUGGAUGUGGACUCUGAUGGAGACUCAGAUUUCCUGCUGGUCGGAGCUCCAUUAUUUUACCAGUCUCAGCCGAGGGCUGAAGGGAGGCUGUACGUCUACGCUUUAUCAGAGCAGUAUUUUCAGAAGACGCUGCAAUCCACCACUGGCAGAUUUGCAGCGUCUGUGGCUUCACUAAAGGACCUGAAUGGAGACAGUCUGUCAGAUGUGGCGGUCGGGGCGCCUCUGGAAAAUGAAGGAGUCAUCUACAUCUACCUGGGCCACAGGGCGCAUGGCAUAAACCCUGAACACACUCCUCAGCGGAUCCCAGCGCGGUCAGUUCUGCCCGGUCUGCAGCAGUUCGGAGUCUCUCUGUCCGGUCAGAUGGACAUGAACGAUGAUAAUCUGACAGAUAUCGUGAUCGGAGCACAAGGAGGGAUUGUCCUGCUCAAGGCUCGGCCUGUGAUAUCUGUAUUAGCGCAGCUCAGUUUCAGUCCAAAGGAAAUCAGUCUGAACUACUUUGAAUGUCCGAGUGACAACACAUUUAACGCACUUGAGCUCACGUCAUGUUUCACAGUGAACGAGCGCACCAGCAGCACAGGAUCUCUGGAGAAGAAGCUGAAUGUUUCUCUGAAUCUGAAUGUGGAUGUGGUACGAAAAAUGAGUCGAGGAUUCUUUGACCAGAGGAAUUCAUCGUCCAGGACUCUGCAGAUGUUCGUCCUGCUGGAUUCUGGGUUCUUCUGUUUCAGCUUCUCCAUCUUCAUGCUGCGCUGUGUUGCAGACACAGUCUCUCCUCUGAAGAUAAGAAUGAAUUUCUCACAAAAUGAUAUGUUGUCUGGAAACUCUAUGGCUGUUCUUGAUGUUCACAGCAGGAUGGAGGAGUAUGUCGAGGUGCCUUUUCAAAGGAACUGUAAUUCAAACAACAGCUGUGUGGCCGAUCUGAAGCUGAACUUCAGAUUUAUGAACGACACAUUAGUGGUGGUGAAUCAAGCUCAUUUCAGCAUCCUCGUAUCGCUGGCAAACCCAGGCGACGACUCCUUCAACACCAUCAUAGUGCUGCAUUACCCAGAAGGCCUCUCACUCUCAAAAUUUGAUACCAUUAAGACGAGUCGGACUCGAAGCAGCUGUGGUGAUCGGGACAGCGGUGCUACGAACAGAACAACCUGCAGCAUCAAUCUACCGGUGUACCGCAGCGGCACCACAGUAAGUAAUGACACAAUGACAGACAGACAAUAACAGACAGACAGAAACACACACACACACACACACACA